AAAAUUAAGAAAGAAGAAAAAUUGGCAAACUGUGCGGUCACGUAGCGAACGAAAGCAAAGAUUGAAACAGACGGACGGGUCGAUCGGAGACGUUCUAAUGAGAAAGCUGACCAGAAACUAUGAUUUUUGGGCAGCCCAAAAGCCGCCCAAUUGAAGCUAGCUGGGGCUGGGGUUGGGACAGAGGGGGAGGUGCAGCUCAAUUGCCCGAAAGUGAGAGCACAGCGUUCGAGCUGCAUUCGAGCUGAAUUCGGUAUCUGACAGAUACGUGUGCCGCCGAGCAUUUGAGACGCCGCCAUCGCCGCCGCCACACAAAACAAAAGCCAAACGCUGACCGAGCUGCGGCAACAUUUCCAUGGAAACUGCCAAACCGCCAACAAGUUUAUCGAUGCUGCUGCUGUUGCUGCUGCUGUGGGUGACCAUCGGCUCGGCGCUGCCCAAACGCGAGCUGCAAAUGCUCGAGAUGAUGCAGAACAUUUUAGGCGUGGACAGCGCCGAUUUGAGUGGACGCAGCCAGCGCUCGGGUCCCAUGCUGUUCGCCGCCUCGGUGCCCUGCGAGGACAGCCUGCCGGAGGACAGUAGCGCUCAGCUGAGCCUGUUCGACGAUGACUUCGACGAGAGCGAGGAGUGCGGCGACUAUGGACGACCCUGCCACGGUGCCGCACAGCUGCCGUCGGGCCUGGAGCCCUGCGCCCGACCCAUGCUGCCCAUGCAGCAUCCUUGCUUUGUGCGAGUCGUAUUGCUGCGCACGCCUCUGCUGCGGCACGAUCCCUGCACUAACUUCACCCUGGGCAUGGCACAGCCAACGACAACCAGCGGCACGCCCACCAGCCCCUCUACUAAGAAGCCCAGGGGCAAAAAGUGCAGAUCCAAGAUGCGCAAAUCGACGCCCAGACCCGCAACAGCAGACAGGAACAGUAACAGCACCAGCAUCAGCUCCAGCACAAGCCCAGCUACAAGCACCACGGAGCUGGAGACAACAACAACAACAAGUACAAAGCCAACAACAACCAGCAGGCCAGCUGAAACCAGCACCACAGAGCGCACCACGAGUACGUCAACCACAGUCAGGAGCACAACAACAACAACAACGCCGAGCACCACAACAACCGAAUUGCUGCCCACCAUAAUGGAGCUUGACGAAAUGUCAACUACAAUCACUGCGCCGAGCAGCUCCACCGUCGUCUACACCAGACGCAACCAGCUGAAGUCCCUGCGUGGCAGGCGCCGCAAGCAACAGCGCGGCAAGUUGGCAGGUGUGCCGGAUAAGCCCACGAUCAAAUUGGAUGGCAGCAUGCAGCCCAGUGAUACGUUUCCGGUAUUUUUGACCACGGAGGCCGCCGAGCUGAGAUCACGUCCCAAGUCCACCACAUUGCGGCCGGAAGCGAUGGCCACAACAUCGACAGAAAGUGAAGCAACAACCGAGUGCAUCGAAGCAUCUGACGAUGAGGAAACCACAAUGGAAAACGCUGACAGCAGAGCAAAUGAAGAAGAACAAGACAAAGAAACUGAAGCCAGUGAAGACUGUGAGGAUGCCGAAGAUCAGGAUACGAAUCUAUGCCCACAAUUUUCAGCGCCUGAGGAGGCAGCCAACAUGCGACUUAUGCCGUCGGGAAGCCGCUUUCGCAAGCCUGUCAAGAACUAUGUGGAGCCCAUUUUGUAUGAGGGCCAGUUCGCCAAGCCACGACAACGGAUCGGCAUGUUGCCACCGCAGCGGCGAGAUUUUUAUGUGAGCAACAAGCAGAUUAUGCCCAGACCGAGGCCAAAGCUUCGGCAGCCGCUGCCGCAUUCGAUCUACAUGAACAACAUUGUGCGUGGUCUCAAGUGCAGCGAUGAAGCUGGUGCACACCCCCAUCCGCCGCAGCCAGGUCGCUUCUUGUCCCGGAAACCAGCGACAACGCCGCAGCGUAUCUGGCUGAACCGACGCAAUGGGGCAGGCUACGCGCCGUUGCGCUCGCAGCCUUCAGCACAAGGUCCGCAACGCGGACGCGACAAUCCGCUGUAUGGACUCAGCUCUGGCGAGGAUCCGGACUCGUAUGGCCACGACAGUGAUCAGUACUAUGAUGAUGAUACACCCGAUCGUCUGGCCUGGCCACGCGAUCAUCCACUGCAUGGAUCGUCACCCACUGCGGAUCCUUGCCAGGCGGAGCUUAACCGCGAAAGACAAAGGCAGCGCGAGCGGGAGCGGGAGCGGGAACGGGAGCGAGAGCGGGAGAGUGACAGGGACAGAGACGAGCAUCUACUGGACUAUCCGCAGCGUUCAGCGCCACGUUUCUUUACCUAGCCACAUAAUAAUAAACUAAGCAAAAAGCAUAACCCAGCACCCAGUAGCAUAAUAAACAACUGCACCACAAAUAAUUUGAUAGCUACCAAAAACUCUGCUCCCACAAGUAAAAACCUGUGAUUAGGCAA